AUGUAUUGUGGAAAAUGGUCCGUCCCCGAUGGAUCCAGUGUUCGUUGGACUGACUUUUUAAACUGCGCCGACGAAUACAAUAUUAUCUUUAUCAAGGAUCCAGCUGAGGGCGACAAAAGAGUUUCACUUCGGGCACACGAAGUUUCGAGACUCAUCUACAUUGUAUCUCAUGGACACUCCUUGAUUAGUCAUUGGAACUUGAAAGGACACGACUUCGAGUUCUUCUAUAUGCCUCUUUGGACCAAGCAGGAAGCCGAACAAUGCAGGCAAUUUUUGAAGCCUCAGACUCGAAAUGCUGGAUUUGAUUCUCUUGCCAGUUUAUCACAGCAAGAGAUUGACGAUAGGUUCCACAGUUUUGGAGGAAGCAUUCGCGGGUGGGUGUUUCCGGCUCUUUGGGACGAACUCGAUUCCAAAGUAACAGAGGUUGUGCAGCAAAAGGGCGACAAUAUUCUGAAGAAAUCCCCGAACAGUGGAGGCUCUGUUAUUCACAUGGAAGUCGCAUUUGAUAAAAACAGGCCUAUACUGAGCCUUGUAUCACCCCAGCAAGAGGACGCCAUGGAUGAAAGUGAAGAAAGUGACGAAAAUCCGAAUAACUUUUCUGAAUACCAAUACAUUUUUGGUUCUGAAAAGAUAUUGGAUGUUUUAAACGAGAAAUUGCUCCACCAAGGUCAGGAGACACUGAGGCUAUGCCUCCAAAACUGGGCCAGUCAAAAUGGCUUCGAGUGUGUCUAUGGAUCUCUCUUCGAACUACAUUGUCAUCGUCGGUUGGAAAGCCAAAAUGGAAAUCUCAAGCUGAGGAUGCGUAUUGUUUACGAAGAUGCCAGCAGAAACAAUGACAACAUUUAUGAAAUUCUAUUUCCGAAAUUUGAAGGUACUUGCCGGUAUCCAUCAAACGAUCCAUCCAUCCUUGAAGACUGCCGCUACAAUACCAACAAGCUGGGAAUGUACUUCUGGCCCAUCUCCAGCAAUCACCCAACUUAUGAUUCUGCCAUUGUUGUAAACAGAAAGGACCUGCUUGCACAUGGUGAUGAUCAGGAUAUUUUUGGGGAUAAUGUAGGACAGGUCGCGCUGCUGCUGCAAAUGACUGUGUCUGGGGCAACUGGCUUACCUCGUCGGCCCGAACACUCUGUGAAACAACUCAUCAGGAAAAAAUUUGAGGCAGUUUUCAACAAAAGAGUCAACGGUUUUAAGGAAAAGGGGAAAGCCUACACUGCAUUUGUUGUACCAACUGAAUGUUUCAAGCCGUUCUUGUUUCAGGACGAAGAAAAUACGACUGGUCACAGAGCUAGUGUUCAGCCAAAAUGUCAGCUAGUGAUUGAAUUCCCAAACGUCUUCACAUAUAAGAUGAGGUCUCCACGUGCAAGGACAGAGAAGCCGCACAUGUUUGAGCGAAAGAAAAGGAAAGUAUUUCACAAGUAUGAUCAUGCGAUUCAGCAAGCAGAGAUUAAUUUCUGA